AUGGAUAGUCCUUGUUGGCUUUUGCUGCUGCUAUUAGGAGCUUUUGCCAUUAUUGGUUGUGUUCAAGCUCAGGAUCAACAAGAGUUUAUCAGUUUGGAUUGCGGGUUACCCAUGACUGAACCGUCUUCUUAUACUGAGUCAGUAACCGGACUACGGUUCUCGUCUGAUGCUGAAUUCAUCCAGACUGGUGAAAGUGGUAAAAUCCAGGCGAGUAUGGAGAAUGACUACCUUAAGCCGUACACGAGGCUGAGGUAUUUUCCAGAGGAGAGAAGGAACUGCUAUAGUUUGAGUGUUGACAAGAACAGGAAAUAUUUGAUCAGGGCUAGGUUCAUUUAUGGGAAUUACGAUGGUCGUAACUCUAACCCGAUAUUUGAACUGCAUCUAGGACCUAAUCUGUGGGCAACUAUAGAUUUGCAAAAGUUUGUGAAUGGUACAAUGGAGGAGAUCCUUCACACUCCAACAUCAAACUCUUUGAACGUUUGUCUUGUUAAGACAGGGACAACUACACCCUUGAUCUCAGCCUUGGAAUUACGGCCAUUAGGAAAUAAUUCUUAUCUCACAGAUGGUUCUUUGAAUCUUUUCGUUCGGAUAUAUCUCAACAAGACAGAUGGCUUUCUUCGGUACCCGGAUGAUAUUUAUGAUCGCAGAUGGCAUAAUUACUUUAUGGUGGAUGAUUGGACCCAAAUUUUCACCACUCUCGAAGUGACCAAUGAUAACAAUUAUGAACCACCAAAAAAGGCUCUUGCAGCGGCUGCCACGCCUUCUAAUGCCAGCGCGCCAUUGACAAUCAGUUGGCCACCAGACAAUCCUGGUGACCAAUAUUACUUGUACAGCCACUUCUCUGAGAUACAAGAUUUACAGACCAAUGAUACCAGAGAAUUUGACAUAUUAUGGGAUGGAGCUGUUGUUGAAGAAGGUUUCAUCCCUCCAAAGUUAGGGGUGACUACUAUCCAUAAUCUUUCUCCAGUGACAUGCAAAGGAGAAAAUUGCAUUUACCAGCUAAUAAAAACCUCGAGGUCAACUCUUCCUUCUCUACUUAACGCUCUUGAAAUCUACACAGUUAUCCAAUUUCCACGGUCGGAAACAAAUGAAAAUGAUGUGGUUGCUGUUAAAAAUAUCGAAGCUGCCUAUAAAUUGAGUAGAAUCAGGUGGCAAGGAGAUCCUUGCGUCCCUCAAAAGUAUGCGUGGGAUGGUUUGAACUGUAGCAACAACACAGAUGUUUCUAAACCUCCAAGAGUAUUAUCCUUAAAUUUGUCUUCGAGCGGUUUAACUGGAAUCAUUGCGGCCGCAAUUCAAAACCUUACACAUUUAGAAAAACUGGACUUGUCAAAUAACACACUAACUGGAGUGGUGCCGGAAUUUCUAGCCCAGAUGAAAUCGUUGGUGAUCAUAAACUUAAGCGGCAACAAUCUUAGUGGUCCCCUUCCUCAAGGUCUUCGAAGAGAGGGACUAGAAUUACUAGUUCAAGGCAACCCAAGGCUUUGUCUCUCUGGUUCCUGCACAGAAAAAAACUCGAAGAAGAAAUUCCCGGUGGUGAUUGUUGCAUCAGUUGCUUCUGUGGCCAUAAUUGUUGCUGUGUUGGUUAUUAUUUUUGUUCUCAGUAAGAAAAAGUCAUCUACUGUGGGAGCUCUACAACCUCCACUGAGUAUGCCAAUGGUUCAUGAUAAUUCACCUGAACCAUCAAUCGAGACGAAAAAGAGAAGGUUUACUUAUUCAGAGGUUAUCAAAAUGACGAAUAAUUUUCAAAGAGUUGUAGGGGAAGGAGGAUUCGGUGUUGUUUGUCAUGGUACUAUAAAUGGUUCUGAACAGGUGGCUGUUAAAGUUCUCUCUCAAUCAUCAAGUCAAGGAUAUAAGCAUUUUAAGGCAGAGGUUGAUCUUCUUCUACGAGUUCACCAUACAAAUUUGGUGAGUCUUGUUGGAUAUUGCGAUGAAAGAGAUCACUUGGCUCUCAUCUAUGAGUUUUUGCCCAAGGGAGACUUAAGACAACAUCUAUCUGGAAAAAGCGGUGGGUCCUUUAUCAACUGGGGUAAUCGUCUACGAAUAGCUCUGGAGGCUGCACUAGGAUUGGAAUAUCUACAUUCUGGAUGCACACCACCAAUUGUACAUAGAGAUAUAAAAACGACAAACAUAUUGCUGGACGAACAGUUAAAGGCCAAGCUUGCCGAUUUCGGCCUUUCGAGAUCUUUCCCUAUUGGAGGUGAAACACAUAUUUCAACUGUGGUUGCUGGUACUCCUGGAUACCUUGAUCCUGAAUAUUACCAGACAACUCGACUGGGUGAGAAGAGCGAUGUGUACAGCUUCGGAAUUGUGUUAUUGGAGAUUAUCACAAACCAACCUGUGAUUGACCAGUCCCGUUCAAAGUCUCACAUAUCACAAUGGGUUGGAUUUGAGCUUACCCGAGGAGAUAUUACUAAGAUCAUGGAUCCAAACCUGAACGGGGAUUACGAAUCUCGUUCUGUAUGGAGAGUUCUUGAACUGGCAAUGUCGUGUGCGAAUCCUUCUUCUGUGAACCGACCAAACAUGUCCCAAGUUGCUAAUGAACUGAAAGAAUGUCUUGUUUCUGAAAACUUGAGGGAAAAUAUGAAUAUGGACUCUCAGAAUUCUCUUAAAGUGAGCAUGAGCUUUGACACAGAGUUGUUUCCGAGGGCAAGGUAGUAUGUGCUGCAGGUAACACAACCAUGCUAAUUAGUUGGGCUAUUGGUCAUGUUUGCUUUGAUCAUCCACAUGCCAAGAUCAUAUACCCUGUUACUUGGUGAUGUUUUCAUUAUUUUAUGUGUGCUUAGUGAUGUUUUCAUUCUUUGUAUGUGUGGCUUGGAUGCUAAUAAUCAUUGACCGUAAAAGAGUAUACCUCUUUGUGGUUCCAUCAUUAACAAACAAAUGAUUUUGGUUAAAUAUUUGUAAAAUGGUUGGAAGAGUAUUGAUUUAAAACUGUCAAAUAGUAUAUAAAAUUAAAG